AUCCAAGGCAAUGGUGGUGGCUGGUGGCCUAGGCCCGAUGGACCCAGGCUCCCCAGCGCAGUCUGCUCCUCCCUUCGCAGUCCACACCUCCUCUCCUUCUUCUUCAUUCUUUAAAAUAGCUAGAGCCUUCCCUCUUUCCUUAUUUCCUUCUCGUCCGUUCCGUUCCGUACCGUAACAAGGGGGGAGAAGAAAGGUCAUCGUCGGGAACGGCAACACCGACAAAGAAUUCACUUUUCGCCCGUUUUUCCAUCGUUUGUUGGUUGGUUCAUUCCUUCAUUCCCCCCUUCGCUGGCCGAUACCGCCCAGACAUCUAUAUUUGGUUGGAAAGAAAAAGACACGAGGGAGUGAGGACGAGGAAGCAUACGGACAGGACUGGAUAUCCAUUCCCCCCGAGAUGUACCCUGUCAGUUGGUGCAAUGACGCGAUGGGAGGAACGACAACAAUGAAUGGGAUGGAUCAACACGGGAAUGAGAGCGUGAAGAUGGGUGGAAGUCAGAUUGGAGGAGGUGGAGCAUCAGGAUCCAAUUCCGGAGGUGGAGGUGGUGGUUCCAAUCUCACCGGUGAAGAGAGCAAGACGAAUCUCAUCGUCAAUUAUCUUCCCCAGACGAUGACACAAGAAGAGAUUCGAAGUCUUUUCUCUUCCAUCGGGGAGGUGGAGUCCUGCAAACUCAUCAGGGACAAGGUCACCGGUCAGAGCCUGGGUUACGGGUUCGUCAACUACCAGAAGGCGGAAGAUGCCGAAAAGGCCAUCGGCACCCUCAAUGGACUCCGGUUACAGAACAAAACCAUCAAGGUGUCGUAUGCGAGGCCAAGCAGCGAGGCGAUAAAAGGAGCCAAUCUUUAUGUUAGUGGGCUUCCAAAAUCUUGGACCCAGGGGGAACUGGAAACUCUGUUUACACCCUAUGGGAAAAUCAUAACCUCCCGCAUCCUCUGUGAUAACAUCACAGGACUGUCAAAAGGAGUGGGAUUCAUCCGGUUCGACCAGCGGAUGGAGGCGGAGCGGGCGAUCGGGAAGUUGAACGGUCAAAUCCCCGAGGGAUUCGCGGAGCCGAUCACGGUGAAGUUUGCCAACAACCCGAGCACAAACCCGAAGGCGCUGACCCCACCGUUGGCCGCCUACCUGGCUGCCCCCCAGAUGAGGCGAUUCGCCGGCCCCAUCCAUCACACUUCCGGGGCUGGUCGAUUCAGGUACAUCCCACUCUCCCCCCUCACCAGAUUGAGUAGAGUAUGUGUGAAACACAGUGAAUGGAGGAUGUGGAUGUGUGGGAUGUGCGACAGGUACAGUCCGAUGGCAGGGGAUCUGCUGGGGGCAAAUCCCUUGCUUUCGGGUGCAGCAAACGGAGCGAUGAACAACAGCGGCUGGGUGAUCUUCGUCUACAACCUCGCGCCCGAGACGGAAGAGAACAUCCUCUGGCAACUGUUCGGCCCGUUCGGCGCCGUCCAGAGCGUCAAGGUCGUCCGGGAUCUCCAGACGAAUAAGUGCAAAGGGUUUGGGUUUGUAACGAUGACCUCGUAUGAUGAGGCCGUCGUCGCCAUACAAUCCCUCAACGGUUACACCCUCGGCAACCGCGUCCUC